AAGCAUUCGUUGCUUGAAUAUCGGCAGGAAGGAUACGGCGGAGGGGAUGACGCCAUAUAGCGUCGCGACGCGCAGCGUCCGAUUUAGUUUCUACUCAAAGUUUCAAAGUCACGCUAUCCGGGAAAGCUAUCAUCGCCGUCGAAGAAACGACAUAGCAACAAAAUGCCGAGUCGCAACAAAGAACAGGAGGCUGAAGUUCUUGCCUGGAUCGAGGCCGUAUUGGGCGAGAAACUUCCUCCUGGAAACUACGAAGAUAUUUUGAGAGAUGGUGUGAUUCUUUGCAACCUAAUUAACAAACUUGCACCCGGAUCGGUUAAGAAGAUUCAAACUAAAGGCACAAAUUUUCAACUUAUGGAAAAUAUUCAAAGAUUCCAAGCGGCGAUUAAAAAUUACGGUGUACCGCAAGAAGAAAUUUUCCAAACCGCGGAUCUCUUCGAAAGACGUAACAUCCCACAAGUUACUCUUUGUCUAUACGCGCUGGGCAGAAUUACUCAGAAACAUGACUGGAAUGGGCCAACUUUAGGACCGAAGAUGGCAGAAGAGAACAAGAGAACCUUCACCGAGGAACAGCUUCGUGCCAGCGAAGGUCAUUUGAAUCUUCAAAUGGGUUACAAUAAGGGUGCCAGCCAAGCCGGUCUCGGUAGCUUUGGAAAUACUCGGCAUAUGUAAAUUUUUUAUAGAAGCAAACAUACAUAUACACAUACACACACAUACAUACGUCUAAAUAAAAAAUGCAUAUAAUGUAUUAAAUACUAUAUAAUGACUGGUUAAACUAUCGAGCACGGAGUAUGACACAAUAAAAACAUCAAAAUAAAUUGCAUUUUCUAACCGCGCGUAACAUGUGAAAAUAAUAUUAAGCUUUUGAAAUAUUUUUCAAACUUGUUUUUAUUGUUUUCAAAUUUAAAUAAGUAUAUUUUUAUCCUAAGUAAUAUUUAUUUAUUCUUUAUUGUCAUAAUUAUUAUUGAUAUAAAUGAGAUUGAAUAAUUUGUGUUGGUAUUUCUCUAUGUUAUAAGUUUUUUUUACAUCAUCACGUAUAUUGCAUCUCUGCAAUAUUUAUUAACUAUAAUUAUUAUUUUUUAAUCAAUACUUUGAAUAUUGAUAUUAAACAGUUAAUACAUUAUAUAUAUAUUUUAUCUUUUUCUUCUUAUAUCAAAUAAUCUUAUAUCAAUAAUAAAAACAUUAAUUAUUAAUUUUCUAUUUAGUCGUCCAAGAAUAUAUUUUUAUAUUCUUAACAGUUGUAGUUUGCAUAUAAAUAUAAGUACCAGAUUUUUUAUCAUACAUUGCCGAUAUGCAAAAAAGCGCUUUGAAAUCAUAUUUUACUCUAGAAUUCACAUAUAUACACUUACAUAAACAAGUUUUACACAAUUACACGUAACUGUUAUAUGAAAUACACGAAUAAAAAUAUAUAAUGCAUAGUAUUCGCGAUUGGAUUCAUAUAUUUCAAAUCAGGUUAAAAUAAAAUGUUGAAUUAACAUUACAUGAUGUUAAACAAAAUAUUAAAUAGAUUAAAUGCAUAAUAAAAGCAAAUACCCUAAAAAUGUAUAAUUAUACAUAUUUUUAUAUAUACCUGCACAUUAACACAAUUUGACAUACAAACAUAUACAUACACAUACACACACAUAUAUAUACACGCAAUACUAUACAUUACACUAUUACACGUAUAAAAAUAUAUUAAACCAAAAAUUUCUAAUCGAGAGUUAUAAAUUUAGAAUAUUUAUAAAAAUAGUUAUUAAGGUUUAUAAUAUGAUAAAACCAGCGUUAAUCUCAUGUAAUGUUUUGCAAUAGACAAUUUAAUAGGUUAUAUAAUUUAAUUUGAUUGUAUCAAUAUUUUAUUUUUACAAAUUGAUAAAUUAAUUAAUAAGUUUCUACAACUUUAUUAUUAUUUGUAAUAUCUAAAGGUUAUAUUAAAGACAUUAAUAUGCAUAUAAA